AUGACCACGGCCCUCGGUUGGACUGAAGAUGAACUGCCUUUUCCAUUAACUGCCAUUGAUCGAGCUCAAUUAAAAUUGACCGACGAGGAAUAUGAGCCGCAUACGUGGGAACAACUUAAGCAGAUCGUUGCUGAGCAUAACCUCAGUGUACUCACGAGGUGGCCAUCAGAUCUGAAACGAUAUAUUAGAUGGUCAAUCGACACCAGGGCUACGUAUGGCAGCGUCCCCGAUUUCGUGAGGAUCGAGCGUCUCAAGUGGGAUGUUCUGCCUACCUCUGCCGGAAGUCUGGGGCCUCAAUUUGCUGGUCAAAACCCCGUUCCAUUUGCAGAUGCUCGAGAUUACAAGAUUUUGAUCAACGACUGGCCGUAUGGGUACGAACCUGGCAUUAAGCACAUCAUUGUCUGGCUGAAAACUCGUUUGGAGACAGAGCCAACGAAAGGUGACAUGACACCCAAGUCGAGACAGCAGGUCGAGGAAUUCAUCCAAAAAACGUUCGUUGAUCGGAUCCAAGGCCUGCCAGGGAAUGAGGACAAAGUAAUGUGGUUCAAGAACUGGACUGCAUUACAAUCAGUCCCCGGUAUAGAGCAUGUCCAUGUCUUCGUCCGAUCCGUACCUGACGCCAUCAUUAAGGAAUGGACAAGUGCAGAUGAGCCUAUGAACAAUUAG